CCUCACCGCCCCGUGAACACUAUAGUGCCUCUAGUGUGGUUCCUCACCGCCCCGUGAACACUAUAGUGACUAGUGUGGUUCCUCACCGCCCCGUGAACACUAUAGUGACUAGUGUGGUUCCUCACCACCCCGUGAACACUAUAGUGACUCUAGUGUGGUUCCUCACCACCCCGUGAACACUAUAGUGACUAGUGUGGUUCCUCACCACCCCGUGAACACUAUAGUGACUCUAGUGUGCCUCCUUACCGCCCUGUGAACACUAUAGUGACUCUAGUGUGGUUCCUCACCGCCCCGUGAACACUAUAGUGACUAGUGUGGUUCCUCACCACCCCGUGAACACUAUAGUGACUCUAGUGUGCCUCCUUACUGCCCUGUGAACACUAUAGUGACUCUAGUGUGGUUCCUCACCGCCCCGUGAACACUAUAGUGCCUCUAGUGUGGUUCCUCACCGCCCCGUGAACACUAUAGUGACUAGUGUGGUUCCUCACCGCCCCGUGAACACUAUAGUGACUAGUGUGGUUCCUCACCGCCCUGUGAACACUAUAGUGACUCUAGUGUGGUUCUUCACCACCCCGUGAACACUAUAGUGACUCUAGUGUGGUUCCUCACCACCCCGUGAACACUAUAGUGACUCUAGUGUGCCUCCUUACCGCCCUGUGAACACUAUAGUGACUCUAGUGUGGUUCCUCACCGCCCCGUGAACACUAUAGUGACUAGUGUGGUUCCUCACCACCCCGUGAACACUAUAGUGACUCUAGUGUGGUUCCUCACCACCCCGUGAACACUAUAGUGACUCUAGUGUGGUUCCUCACCACCCCGUGAACACUAUAGUGACUCUAGUGUGGUUCCUCACCACCCCGUGAACACUAUAGUGACUCUAGUGUGGUUCCUCACCACCCCGUGAACACUAUAGUGACUCUAGUGUGGUUCCUCACCACCCCGUGAACACUAUAGUGACUCUAGUGUGCCUCCUUACCGCCCUGUGAACACUAUAGUGACUCUAGUGUGGUUCCUCACCGCCCCGUGAACACUAUAGUGACUCUAGUGUGGUUCCUCACCGCCCCGUGAACACUAUAGUGACUAGUGUGGUUCCUCACCGCCCCGUGAACACUAUAGUGACUAGUGUGGUUCCUCACCGCCCCGUGAACACUAUAGUGACUAGUGUGGUUCCUCACCACCCCGUGAACACUAUAGUGACUAGUGUGGUUCCUCACCACCCCGUGAACACUAUAGUGACUCUAGUGUGGUUCCUCACCGCCCCGUGAGCACUAUAGUGACUAGUGUGGUUCCUCACCACCCCGUGAACACUAUAGUGACUCUAGUGUGCCUCCUUACCGCCCUGUGAACACUAUAGUGACUCUAGUGUGGUUCCUCACCGUCCUCUGAACUCUAUAGUGAUUCUAGUGUAUAGUCACUGUACUCCAUCCACCUUCAGCAGUGGGGGAAGUUUCCGGAGUAAGAAACCCAGUUGACACAGACUUCACCACCACUAAAAGCAGCACCAGUAGCACCAGUAGCAGCAGCAGCAGCAGCAGCACCACCACCACCACCACCAGCAGCAGCAGCAGCACCAGUAGCCCCAGCAGCAGCAGUCUGCCGGAGAGAGAUGGAAUGACCACCUCCCCAGCCGCCUCCCUGCUCGACCUCUCGGAAAACGUGAGUUUGAGCAGCGACCGUCUGCACCACCCGUCUAUCUCCUCGGGGGGACUACACCAGUUGCGUCGUCUCACUUCCUCCUCCAACGGGUCGCUCUCCUCCAUUGAUAAUGACGAGUCAGACUUAGACUCUUGCAGUUCACUCGAAGUGGACAUACCUAGAGGUGACCCUCGGGACUUUAUUAACACUAAAGAUAAAGAUUAUAAGAGUCAGUUGGAUUUCGAGGUUCUUGGGUAUCAUUCCCGUCGGCCGAGUUCUUUGUCGUGUGGUUACCAAGACUGUGAGGGCUGGUCAGCGGACUCUGCCAGCUUCACCUACGUCGACCUCCACUGUAAUGACCUCAGCCCCGACCACAAUCUUUGCAACAAUAAUGUUAAUGAACUGACGGAGUGCGGCGCGUUUAUUAAAUCCUUUUAUGAUAAACCCAAAAUCCAACUGCAGAGUGACGGUCAUUUAUGUAACAAAUCCGGUGAUGAUAAUGGAAAUGUAGGCCCCGUGGGCAGCAGUGCGGACCCCGAGGAAACAUGUAAUGCCCACACCUCCACGCCCGAGUCGCUCGAAUUCACCUCGGACGACGAAAAUCCUUCUGACAUCGAGCAGAAGAUGGCAGAGACCAAAGUGAAGAUGAACGACGCUAUAUUAUCCAACGGGAAGGAGGAGCUGUCCCUCCACGGGCGGAAGUUGAAGCACUACAUGAAGCACAAGGAGAUGAAGGAGACGUGUGGAGCUGCUGGGAGCCUCAAGCAGCACCAUCACCACAACCUCAGCCCUAUGAAGCAGCCCAACUCCCUCAAGCUGUCGGACGCCCCCGACGGUGACAACCGCUACACGCAGGCGCCCGAGAGCCCCAUCGUCGACGCCUACGAGAAGGAGUGCCUCGAUGUGCCCGAGAAGAUGGUCCGUGAGCUGGAGAACCAGGCCAAGGAAAGCGUCGUUGGGGAAGAAAAAAAGGAAGAAAGGGAGGAAGAAGAAGAGGAGGAGCAAGGCGGCGCCGGGGACGACUUUAUUCCCUGCAAGAAAGAAAAAAUGGAAAUCAACGAACACCACAAAAAGUGUCGCUCUGGGGAUCAAGAGGACAAGGACGUCCCGACGCCCCCAGAAGUGCCGACAUCCAAGAAGGCCGACACUGACGCCAGUAAGGAGAACGUCUUCCCCGUCGCCUCCAGUGUCGAGAGGAGUCGUGUCUCGAGGGUGACUUUCGGGUCGGUGGAGGAGGCGGGGGUGGUGCGGCGAGACAGCCCUCAGCGCCGCAGGGAUCGUGCCGCACUCCGCAAGUCUGUCCCGCAAGCGGCCUCCUGCUCAGCCUCCUCCAGGGACAGAGCCAAGCUGGGCUCCCCCGACGGAGGAGAGUUCGACGUGUACACCAUGGAGACAGCCAUGCCUAAGAUAGACUGGGAUGCCAUCGAGGCCCACCUCAAGGCCACCAAGGAGGAGGAACGGAGGCGUCGCAAUGACCGGGAAGAGAUUCGCCGCAAGUUGGCUAUGGGUAUUGACGAUGACCAAGUCAUGGAACGACCCCAUCGCAAGCCCUCGCUGCACUCGCGUCUUCAAAGUGGGAUGAAUCUACAAAUAUGUUUCAUGAAUGAAACAGCCAGUGACUGUGAAAGUCAGUGUUCAGACACCGAGAGCACACAAGAUAGAGAUGUUGACACAGAUCACAUCACAUCUGCAAACAGUAAGACAUCAACACCACUUGCCUUGAGGACGCGAACAUCUCAUUCCGAGCCCGAUAUACGGAACAAAGAAGUAGACUUCUUUGCUCGCCAGGCACAGCUGCAGGCCGAGGCUCGCAUGGCCCUAGCUCAGGCCAAGGAGAUGGCAAGGAUGCAAAUGGAGAUUGAAAAACAAAGCAAGAAGAAGAGUCCUAUUGCAGAUAUUGUUAGGGCAAGCUUUAAUAAAAUUGGUGUCCCAUUCCCAGACAGUAAGAGACGAAUCAGUCGACAAAUUCUAACGGACAUGAAUGUUGCUCAGCUCCAAGUUAUUGUAAAUGACCUUCAUACGCAAAUUGAAAGUUUAAAUGAAGAUUUAGUAACCUUCUUAAUGGAGAGAGAUGACCUUCACAUGGAGCAGGAUUCCAUGUUAGUGGAUAUUGAAGACUUAACUAAGCAUAUAGGUGCAAAAGAAAUGAGUCUUCGUGGAGGAGGUGAGAGUAAGGGAAGUGCUAAGGGUACACCUGUGUCAACUCCACCUCCAAGAAGCAAAUCUAAUUCCCUGAGAUUAAAGAAUAUUGUUAAGAAGUGAUAUGGACAGCACUGCUAUUGAAGUAAGCUUUGACAAAUACUCUUACCAUGAUGCUGUGUAGAGGCAUUUUAUCAGUGAGUAUUUCCAUUGGUCAUGAGAGGGGUGGCAAGUACUGUACUUUAUAGAGGACAGCAAGUGGGGUAGCACUCUGAGAUUAUAUUAUUGGAAUGGGGAUGAUUUCACAUGAAAAGGAAGUUAAAAUAUAUUUUGUUAUUAAUAAUAAUUACCUACUUAUUUUAUAACCUUUAUCACGUGUAACAUUCACAAGUUAAGUAAGGUGCACAAGGACUUGUUGCAAGCUUUUCAAGGAUAUUACCUAGAUUAAAGUCUUAAUGCAUCUUUUGUAAGAAUUUUUUUUGGGGGUGGGAGGAUAUUCCCCAAUCUGACCCUUAUAGAGAACCCAUAGCCUUAUGAACUCGGUUUUUGUUUUUUUUUAUCCUUUAAUGGUAGCCCUUUAGUCACUUGUUUAAUGCUUGCAUAAAAUAAACUGUAUAUUAAUGCAGCUUAUUUGCUGUGUAAUUUGUGCUGUGAUAUCAUCCCCUCAGUAGGUCCUUAGCAUAAGGCAACUUUGCUCUAGGAGGUGAGUUCUUGUUUGUAAUUGGUGAAAGCAAUUAAUGGUUGAACCAUGGCUAGCUCCAAAUUUUAAUUGGCAUUGGGGGUACUGAUGGUAAUGUAGAGCUACACUGAUAAUCAUUAUGUAGAUGAAGCAGUACUGUAGACAUUCCAUAAUGCUUGUGAAGAUGUAUGCUGGAUGUUCUUCUCUGUAUCCUUCACGGCUCGUUCCAUUGACAGGACACGGGAACAACAGACAAUACUACUACUACUUGCAUGUAGUUUAAGUGGAGUGAUGGCAUCACCUUGAACUAAUUAAGUCUGUCUUGGAUACAAACACUACAUGUACAUCCAACUCAAGUCUUGAGAAUUUUACAUAUGUUUAUAUUUGCUUUUCGUAAAUCAUUUGAUAUUGUAGCUGUUGUAUUACACUUGACAACUAAUAUAAUGUAGCAGAACAAAUUAUCACUAUGUAUGCAAGAAACCCUAUAAAUGGUCCUUUCUUUGACCCACUUUGAUAACCUCAGUAAUCAAAUUCUGGGCUGCAGUCACUAUAUCAAAACUUGGUAUGUUCAAAUGACUAUAAUCUAGCAAUGACAAAUUUAUGGAAAAUAUUGCGCUAAUAUAGACAUACGUUGUGUGUGUGUUUUAAAAUAAAUUUUCCAAAAUAUUAAACUUCAAAAGCACAAAAAAUAUCAGUUUUGGUGUACUCUGCAAGUUAAGAGUGCAAAUGUUAUAACAUCAGGCUGGCUUUGUAAAUAUUAAGGAAAGUCCUAAGCAGAGGCAAGAUUCUGCUAGUUUCCAUCGGUACUUGGUACCGAGGCUUGUUUGGUAUACAGUACAGUAUGUACAGAACUUUUCGUCCAGCUUGAGUGUGUUCCAUAAUAGUUAAAAAGCAAAAAGUGUAAGCAAGCAUUAAGUUUGUUAAAAGAACCAGUAUAUGACCUGACAGCAUUUGGAAACAGAUCAUGACAAUCUAUUUAGCAGAUUUAUAGCAAAAUUGUCAUUAUUAAACCAAUUUGUUAGCCUUGUGUGGUUGUAUGAUUGGUUAAUAUCAAAAAUAUAUUUUUAAUUGGUUAAGAUGCAUAUGGCUUCCCAAACUCCAUUAAUGCUAGUACAGAUUACUUUAUUCCCAUUUUUUGUAUCAUAAUUUUUACAUAAUUUUAUUUCCUGAUUUUUAACCAAUUCCCGUAUUUGAUCAGUCAUUCCUUCAACUGUGUCACAAGUCUUGUUCUUACCCGUGUUUACACACAGCAUAGAAACAUUUCAGAGAAGUCAACAAUAUAAUAUUAUAUAGUAUUUAUCUUCGGCAUUUGCCAAGGAGCAAUAAAUACAUUUUAAAGUUUUUUCUUGGGCACGCCAGGUUUCAAUUUUGUAAAUAAAUCUGUGGGAUGUUUGUCAAUACACUGCUCAUUAUAGCUUUUUUGGGGUUUUAAGAAAAUUAGUGAUGGGACGAUAGUAAAAUUUCUAAAGAUUCCGAUGCCGAUCCAACAAAAAAAGUAUCGAUUCCAAUUCUUUUUAAGAAUAUAGUGGAUACUGUACUUACUUUUCUAAAAAUUUUCAUAUUUUAGUUUGGAAAAUUAACGAUUUACAGUGAGCAUGGUAAAUGUAUUAAUAUAUUAAAAUGAUUUAAGAUUAGAAAGCCAUUGGUAAAUCCUGCUUAAUCUUCUGGAAGAAACUCUGUAAGCAUUUCAUUACCCAUCACAGGUAUACAUGUUAUACACAGUUUACAAUACAAUAAAAUUUUUAAUCCUUUUUUCAAAUCAAAUUACAUUGCAGUAGUAGUUAAAUUAAAACAUAGUUCAUUUUUGGUUUAUACUGAUAAAGUAAAUUUUAGCCUAUAUAAUGCAAGUAUAAGUGAAUAAGAAAGUCAUUCAUAUCUGAAACCCAAGACUUUUAAAUUGUAAUGUAAAAACAUUAGUGUCUACUCUUUCUUCUUACAUUGUUUCUUUUGGGUGAAUAUAUUAAACCACCAAAAUUAAUUUUAUUAACACUUUCGCUGACUGAUCACACACAUUCCAUCAUGAAACCAAAUUAAGGAGUAUGUGGCAUGAUGCAAACAGCAUAAAUAAUUCAUAAAAUUUAAAAAAUGUAUUGUCUGAAUACUAUGGGACUUGUUUUAAAAGGAGUGUCAACUUCUUCCCAUUCUCUGUAUACCCCACAUGGCAUCCUGACCCCACCGUGUGGGUCUUCGAUGAUUGGGUUCAGUUGAUGAUUGGUUUACUUGGUAUACCUCAUUACAACCAUAUGGAGUUGUGAAGACCAUAUGAACAUCAUUGGUAUACAUGUCAUGUAAUUAUGACAGAAUUUUAUAUAAUGAUGAUGAUGAUGACAGCAUUUUUCUAGUAAACAUAUAUGACUAUAACCGCACUCACGUAGUAACGUAACCAUAAAACCAUAGACGAUUUUUCAGUGGGUCAAAGUAAACGCCAUUAGAUCCAUAUAGAGCAAUUAUGUCCUUAUUUUAAUCAUGCAUGUAAAACCCAGACAGCAUUUGUUUUCAUCAUAUGACAAUAACCACUCUCUAAGUGUUAAGAAUCUGAAAUCAGGAUAAAUUUAUCUAAGAUUCCAAUACCGAUUCCUUUUACUGAAAAAUGCUAGAUUUUUCAGAUUCUCUAUACCAAUUCCAAUUAAUCGUCCCAUCACUAAAAGAAAUAUUAAUGUAUACAUUGGCAUGCCACUGGGCUUCAUCGCAAGUAUAUUGUACUUUUGUCCCCAUAGCAUAAAAGGGCAUCAAAGUUGUUUUUCAUAUAAACCAAUUGAACACAACUUCAUGUGGAAUGGUAAUGAAAACUGGCUACUAUUAUAGCGAAACUGUAGCUCUGACAGAAUUAGAUCAUUUUAUCACAUCCUUAAAUUGGCAAGUUCCAUCAAAAUUAAUGCACAUUAGUAACCUAGCAAAAUAUUAAGCAGCCAUAACAACUUGGUAUAGAAACUUAAAUUAGUAUAUUAUAAUGCUAUUUUCAAGAUUUAGACAAUUGAGGAAAAUUUAAUAAUCGGUUAAGAGUCAUUCUUCACAAACUGAAGAAAACAUUGGAAAAAGAAUCGCUGUCCUGCCUUACACUGCAUCAUUCACAGAGAAACAAUCAUACUUUAUAAGAAAAAAUGCUGGAAUUUGUGAUCAUGUGUCUCAAAUGUGUAAGUGUCUUAAGAGGUAGAGUAGUUAAAAUGUCUGGAAAAGAAUUUACAUGGUCAUCAUGUCCAUAAGGUUGUGGAAUUCAGAAUAUGUUAUUAAAGCAUAUACAAAAGGUGCAUUUUAUGAGAUACAGUACAGUAGUAAAUAUUACAAGAAAUAGCCAUCACCAAGAAUACAAUCCUUAAAGCAUAUAUUGGUAUGACUUGUCAGCACCACCCACCAUAACAAUGUUCAGUAACCACCAAACUGUUUGAUGGUAAAUUAUACAAAAACUACUACUGCUUAUGUAUUCUAAUUAAAAAAUUGUAGUUCAUUAUAUAGAAUUUUUAUUUAUAGAUUUUAUUUGCAUGCAGUUUUAUAAGUUCUUAAUUUAUCAUUUGGCGCAAGAACUAUGGUAUAUCAUAAGGACUUGAGAUUAUAAAAGUAUUGGCUAACAUAAAUAUUCAGGGUAUGAAUUAUCAAUAUUUUCACAUGUUUAACAUUUUAAUGCUUAAAUGAUAUUAAUUGCAAAAUAUUAAGGAUUACUAAGCAGAUAUCUUUUCAAGUUAAGAGUACUAUAAAGGAAAUAAUUGUAUGUCAUUGCCUGCAUCUGUCCAUUAAUUAUACCUUAAGAAAACAAUGCAUAUCUGCUGAUAUGCGUGUUCUAGAUUGUAGUUGAGAUAUGUGAAUUACGGAUAGUAUGAUCGUGUAUAUUACAUGUAGAUUUAUAAAUAUAUUUAUUUUAUCUUUCCAUAUAUAAUUUUUGCAGCUGGAUAUCAUUUAUAUUAUAUCAAUUAGUACAUAAGCUCGAUAAAUUGUGCUCUCUGAUAUAUAGUGUACACAAAUGCAACAAUUAUUAAACAAAUAUUAAGCAAAGGUAAUUGUAGUAUUUGUGUAUGCUGUUGAGGUAAUGGAAGUUGAAGUGUUGACUUACUCUAAACCUUAACAGCAGACGACAUUGUGUGUGCUUGUGUUAUGUUGACAGUAGUCCACCCUCUCAUUUUAUGUGCAUGAAACCAAGGAAUUGUAGUUUGUCCCAUGAUCAGGUCAGUAGGAAACUUGUGGAGCCUGAUAUCCUUCCAAGGAGAUUAUCAAUCCUGAUUUUCGAAACAUUUGAAGCAGAGUAACAUUUGAAUGUUUCUUAGGUGAAUAUGAUUUCAGAGUAAAUGUUAAAUAUUGAUCAUUAGCUCAAGUAGCUUAGACAUGCACACUACUGUAUUCUGAUUUUCUGGGACCUGAUUAACCUAAAUUUUUAUAAAAAUAUUAUUGCACACUUACUUUUGUCAACACAAAUUUAAAUGAUAAAUUAUUAUGCAUAAGUUAAAUGAGUAUGGUUGGUUAACUGGUACUAGAAGGAGCAGGAUAUCGGUGACUUGUUUUCAUGUAUGAAUAAAUCUGCUAGAAAAUGUGAACCUAUAUUCACUUUCAAGUGGAACAAAGCUAUCACGAAGAUGCAUUUUUCAAGGCUAAGUGUACUUGUCAAUAGUUUAAUUCUGUAACUUAUAACGUGCAUAAAUCUAUGUGAUCAAUGUAAUUACAAUAUAAAUUUCCUUGGUUUGCCUUCUAUGUUUAUGCAAUAUUGCAUCUCCAUUGUGGAUAUCACAAUUAUGUAAAUUGCUAAUUAUAUUUUGGCCAAACUAAAAAUGUCGUGCAUCAGUAGCCAGUCUUCCACAGAGAGUACAAGUAGGCAGUUUUCAAAGCUUGCAGUUUUUCUCUUGCUAUGUUUUCCUCGACUUGACAGCCAUUUUUCUGAACCUUGGAAGGUUAAGGCUGUUUUCCACAUGCACAAGUUCUUGAUGUGAAAAUAGGGACUCCUUACCAAGAUAUUUCAGUGCUACUACAGUAUAGGCCAUUAUAUUAUAAAAAUUUAAGGUAAAACACUUUGGAUGCAUUAAGUACGAAGGUGCACAUUAUCAUACCUCUUGUAGACGCAGCAUCCUGAAACAUUUGACUGGGAUUGCAGGGGCUUUGUACAUGAACUUUGUUCAAGCAUGAGGGAAAAGAAAUGUAAUCAAUAUUUUAUCAGCUAUUAUUUGUAAUGUAAUCCAACUGCACUCAGUUUUUACUUAAACCAAAGAAUGUUUUUGUAAUACAUUAACAAUUUAUAUACUGUGUAUAUAUAAUAUUUAUGUAUAUUAUAUGUAUACUGCAUAUACAGUACACUAUUGUAUAAUUAUAUGUAUAUUUGUCAUACCUAAUAGCAUGAGUUGCCUAAAAAGUCAAAUUUUAGUAUUGUACAUUUUCACAAAGUUUUUAACUUGAAUCAAUAGAUACAUUAUGUUAAAUUUAAUGAUUUUUUUUUUUUUUUUUUUUGAACCAAAACAAAUCUUGAUCAAAUCUGAAUACCUUUUAUUCCUAUAUGCUGGCUUGUGAAACUAGGGGUGUGUGUUUCCUUACACCUAGUUUAAACCUAAAUUAAUGUAACCAAUAAUGACUGACAAUUUUAUAAAGAUAUUUGAAAGCAAAAAUUAUUAUUAGGCAGAAUAAUCCAUGCUUACUAGGUAUCUUGCGACUUUGUGAUGAUUUUGGGGGCUCAAUGCCUAGCAGUGCAGUUCUGGCAAUUAGUUAUGACUUAUACAGUACAUUGUAUGUGUGUUUCUUGUAUGAAGCCUAUUUUAUUUUGUGCGCCAAUAUUGGGAAGAAAUUGUUUAAUGAAAACAAUAAAUACGAGAAAUUAAUCAUGGAUUGUACAUUUUAGGCCAAGCACUAGAGCUGCUAGAUGCUUACUAAUAACAAGACCAUGGCAAAGAAAACUAAAGAGCCAGAAUGUGUUUACGUGUGGUAAGUACGAAGUAGAUGCAGCAGUGUGUCUGUCCAGUGGAAGUAAGGGACCACAUAUAAACUUUUUGCACAUUUUAUUAUUACAGAUUUUCCCAGGUAAGAUGUACUUUCUGAGGGGGAGGGGGAAGCCCCUGAUGCUACAUCUGAUAGUGUGCUAUAUUACUAGGUCGACUUAAUGGAGUGCCAUCCUGCUCCUUAUUGUCUAAACUGCAUUGUCCCUCUUACAGUUGUGCAUAUCCUUGUUGAAUGUCCAGACUUCCAGGACUUGCGUGCGUCUUGCUUUCCGACCGUCCCUCGCAGUCACUUGUCCCUCGAUAGAAUUCAUGGUGAAUCGGAUACGUUUUGAUGUUUGCCUUGUGCACUUUUGUUCUCGUAUU